GGCACCAGCACCAGCACCAGCACUACCACCAGCGAAAAAGAAGAGAUGAACCCUUUUUUUCCCUGGGUGCGAUUUAUUCUUAUUCUUAUUAUUAUUCUUAUUAUUAUUAUUGUAAUUAUUAUUAUCUUGCGCUUGUACCACAUCACAUACCACCUGCAUACCACACGCACGCAUACCAUCCCAUCCCAUCCCAUACGCAUACCACCCUCACCCACCACCACCACCACCACCACCACUCCACUCUUUCUUUUUACCUCUCUCUCUUUCCCUCUGACCCUUUCCUUUCUCUUCCUCCCUCUCUUUUCCCAUUCACCUCCGUCGGUCGUUGCUUUUUCCUUCCCACCCCCAAUCUUUGAGAGUCCAGAUUAACUCUAUCUCGUCGUCCUUCCUUUAUCGACGAGGAUCAAUUAAGACCAGACGGUCGACACGCUCGAUAAUUCCCAUAAAUCAUUGGCUUGGUUUAAUAAUUAUCCACAACACAGCCAUUCUCUGCGACGGGAAAUCAACAAUUGAAUUACAUUCUUUUCACCAACCUUCAAACGCGAUUGACUCCCAUUACCUUCUUUUCGAUCCCAAUUCACAUACCGUCCGUAGAUAAAUACCGAGUUGAUUAUUGCAAUAGUCAUACCAAUAUCCGACACGAUCAACACGAUAGUCCAUCGGAGUGAAAGAAUACUCUUGUCUCGAAAUACUAAUUGACGUCCAUCCACCACCCAAUCCAAUCCAUCCAUACUCAGUCCACAAAUUCUCAAUUCGUCAAGAUGAAGGGCCGUUCUCAUCAACAUGCACGUCAUGCGAAGCGCGCCGAAUUAAAUCAGGAAGAUAUCAUUGCAGCACCCAUUGAGGUCAGGCAGCCAGAUCCAGAACCAGCUUUACAAACAAUUGUAUCAGUGGUUUAUGUAACAGCUGCACCAACCUUUAGCGGAUCGAUUGCAGGUUACUCAACGGUCGGACAAGAAGAUGAAACAACAUCGGCUGAAGAGACACACUCCUCAACUAAAACUACAGCCGCCAAGACAACUGCUACCUCUUCAAGUGAAAGUCACUCAACAACGGCUGCCUCCACCUUGAAAACUUCCGCUUCCAGCUCUUCCAGUUCUUCCGACCUUCCCAGUUCCCUCGUCGCGACAACUUCUGUAGGAAGUUCAGUUGCUCUUCUCGCAGCCACUGAUAAUGUGCCAACAAGUACGGCAGUCGCCUCUUCGACAACUGCUUCCUCUGCCAAUGCUUCCUCCACGGCUGCAGCAGAUUCAUCGAGUUCCGGUAUGAGUGCUGGUGGUAAAGCAGGAUUGGUCGUUGGAAUUUUAUUACUACUUGGAGUUGGACUGGCUCUUCUCUUGUUCUUCUUUAAAAAGAAGAAGCAAGCGGCCAAGGCGGAACGUCUUGAUGAUGAGAAGUCUGCCAUGGUUGCUUCAUCAGCUCGACGCGCAGAAGCUACACGUGCAGAAAUUCAACGCCAAGCAAGUCAACGUUCCAACCGAGGAGGAGCAGCCGCAGCAGCAGCCGCUCAUCGUCUAUCUCUCCGCCCUGUUACACAAUUCCAGCCUUUUAACGAGAAAAAUGGAGCCAGUCAAGCAUCUCCUCAAAUGGGUGGUAUGUUAACACCAGUAUCAAGUGCGCCUAGCUAUCACUCGCAGCAACCUCAAGACCAGAACAGAGACAAUCCAUUUGGUAACCACGCUGAAUCUAUUGAUACCCCUAAUACCAACGGCCCACCUAUUAUAGAAGGUUUCAAUGAUGGAGGUGAAGUAAUUGCUGCUUCUGCCGUUGUUGCUGCUGCUGCAUCUGGUUCCAAUGCCCAAGCUCCAGCUCCUGUUAAACCAGUUGGUUUAGCUCGCAGUGCUUCUAAAGCCGGCAAUGGUCUCAAGAUGGAUUUCACUACUAAGACUAACACAGUUUUGAGCCCACCAAGUCCUUCUGGUUCUGAAUUCAGUACUGCAUCAGGUGCCACUCAAGCUCAAUCUGUAACUGGCAUGGCUAUUGCUGCAGCUGGAGGUCCUCCUAAUACUACUGUUCACCGAGUUCAACUUGAUUUCGUUCCUUCCAUGGAUGAUGAACUUGAAUUGAAAGCUGGUCAAUUGAUUAGAAUUUUGCAUGAGUAUGAUGAUGGAUGGGCUCUUUGCAUUCGUCUCGAUCGUUCUAAACAAGGUGUUGUUCCUCGAACUUGUCUCUCUACUCGUCCUGUCAAACCACGUCCUCAACAACCUGGUCCUCAGGGACCACCAGCUGGACCACCAAGACCAAUGGGUCCAAACGGACAAGGCCCUCCUCGUGUUCCAAACAAGGAUGGUCCACCUUAUCCAUCAUCUCCAAUGAGACCAAAUGGACCUCCCAAUGGACCUCCAAGACCCAUGGGGCCAAAUGGACAAGGACCUCCUCGUGGUCCUGGUAUGAUGCAAGGUCCCCCAAGAUCUAUGUCACCAGCUGGACCACCAAGACCAAUGGGUCCAAACGGACAAGGACCUCCUCGUGGCCCUGGUAUGAUGCAAGGUCCUCCAAGAUCUAUGUCCCCAGCUGGUAACCGACCCAUGACACCACAAGGUCAACGCCCAAUGGUUCCUCCAAAUCACCCAAAUCAACAGAGACCAAUGACACCUCAAGGUUCAUCUGCUCCAAGACCAAUGACUCCACAAGGUCAGGCAACUGAACAAACACCAGCCUCUCCACCGGCUCAGGUGACCGAACAACGACCAAUCACUCCGCCAAAUCAUGAAGUGACUCAACCAAGUGAAGGACGUGCUCGAAGUGAUUCGGAUACCGAUCCUAUAUCUAGACAACCAAGUCCUACAUUGAAUACUUCCGUGCCAACAAUUAGUACUUCAUCUCCUUCAUCUCCACCAUCUGUUCCAAAUAUCAGAAGUCCAGUGGAGAGAAAGCCUGUUCCAGGUCAAGCCAUGUAAUUUACAUACCUAUCAAACGAAUAUGGGUCGAAUAGAUUAUCUAUAUCCCAGUAUAGACUUCCUUCAAGUAUAAAGAUAGGGUCCUACAACGGCGCAAUUGGGAAUCGAAUUGAUCAGAUAAAAUUCGACAUGAACAGAACGACGAAUGUACACAAGUUUUUAUUGGCGCAUUUUCAUCAAAUCGUUUAGCAAAAUUCAAUAUCUUCUUUCUUCAUUUCUUUUGCACCAAGUUUGCAAUUUUUUGUGGAUGGUGUUUUUUUCUUUCUUUUUUUGACGUUGUUCUUUCGAAGGAGUUCAGAACCAAUUUUAAUACACUUAUUACAUGGGCUAAUAACAGUAAUGUGUAUCUAUGAACAUUCUUCUUUUCUACGACGGACCUUUUUACUUUUGAGAUACCUUUCUAUUCUCGGAAACAUAUUAUGUUGGGUGUGAGUUGAGACUUUCAGGGUUUAAUGCUAGUCAUUGAUAGAAAGAUUGAUCAAGGGGAAGGAAAGAAUAGGAAGCGAGAUGGAUUGGUGAUAAACUUCAAUUGGUCGGCAUGAGACAUUGAGCCAAGAAAGAGCUGUGCUUUGAAUCGAUUCGAUGGUUUUUUUUAUAUCAUCCUACCAUUUGAAUGGUUUGAUUGAUUAGGAUUCAUUUUGCUAUUAUUGAGCGGUAGUAUUUUGGGAUUGUUGAUGAGGAAACUGCGGAAGGAGAAUUAUUGCCACGUCUGAUAUUCAUUAUUUGAUUAAUCUAGUUUUGAGACUAGAUAUUCAUAUAUGAAUAUGUGGUGAAUGAAGGGGAAGAUAGGCUUGGGCUUGAUUUGAGAAAGGGAGAUAUUUAGUAAACAGGUAGGGAUAAGAAUAAGAAUAAGAAUAAGAAUAGGGAAAAAAAACA